AUGCAUGUCAAAAGGCCAGUCAAGAACAAAGAGAAUACACCUUCUGUAGAAGAAGAAACUGUGGAGCCGGAUGAACAACCAAACACAUCUACCGCAAAGGAAAGCUCAGAAAAAGCAGGGAAUAAAGAAACAGUUACAGUCAACCCAUAUGAACCUCCAAUUCCAUUUCCACAGAGGUCGAAAAACCACAAAAUGGAGCAACAAUACAAGAAAUUUUUGGAAAUCUUUAAGAAGCUCCACAUCAACAUCCCGUUGGUCGAUGCUCUAUUCCAGAUGCCCAGCUAUGCAAAGUUUCUGAAGGACAUAUUAUCAAAUAAAUGCAAGCUGGAGGACCAUGAAACAGUAAUGCUAACCAAAGAGAAACUAGGAUUGGGAGAGCCUAAAGCAACUACAGUAACUCUACAGCUGGUUGAUCGAUCACUUACACAUCCACGAGGGAUUAUCGAAGAUGUAUUGGUCAAAGUGGAUAAACUUAUAUUCCCAGCGGACUUCUUAAUUCUGGACAUGGAGGAAGACAAGGACGUGCCUAUCAUAUUGGGGCGACCAUUUUUGGCAACUACAAGAGCUCUCAUAGAUGUGCAACAAGGACAAUUGACUCUGAGACUGGGUGAGGAGCAGGCCACUUUUAAUGUUUUCAAAGUAAUGAAAUAUCUCACCGAGCCAGACAACUGUUUCCAGAUAGAUGUGAUUGACAUAGGAAUCCCCUACAAUUACGAAUUGAAGAAACCGCCAGACAUACAGGAGGCUAAUAUGAUGCACCCUCAAUCCAUUCUCAUUGACUCAAAGGAGAUCGAGGUAUACACCGUGGAGUCUCAAACGGAUGAUGAGGGAGAGUCACACCACGUGAAAAAAGACAAGUUUGAAGUGUCGAGGAUAACUGCAAUGCGGAACAAGACCAUAUUGAACAAACUAUGCAGGACCUCCCAAGCCAUAUUUAAAGUGCCAUAA